AUGGUUCUUAACGUAAUAUCCUUUAAUGUGCAUGGGCUGAACCACCCUGCUAAAAGAACUGCUCUGUGGAAAGAGGCUCAGAAAUUACAGGCGGACAUCUUGUGCAUACAGGAAUCCCACUUUUUAUCCUCCAACCCCCCUUGCCUCAAACACAAAAACUUUCCCCAUGUGUUUUGCGCCUCAGCCCCCAAUAAGAAGCAUAGAGGAGUCGUCACGGCCAUAAGGGACUCUGUUUUGUUUAAACUAGAAGAGGUGGUCUCCGACCCAGCGGGCCGGUUUGUGAUUCUUGUGGGGGAGUUUAACAACCACAUGUACACUAUUGCUAACCUUUACGCCCCCAAUGCCAAUCAGGUCAGGUUUGUCGACAAGGUCUUUAAGAAAAUAAGUGAUGUUAAAAAAGGUAAUGUUAUUGUAUGUGGUGACUAUAAUAUGACGGUUGACUACAGUGUUGACACCACAUCUAAAUCCAAACGCCCUCUUCCCUCCCUACACCCUGCUCUUCUCAGAGAAGACUACUACGAUGUUUGGAGGUGUCAGCACUCUAGUGAACGGGACUAUUCCUUCCACUCGACCAGACACAAUACCUACUCCCGUAUUGACAUGGUCCUCGUCGACAAAACUCUUCUCAGGGCGGUCACCUCCUCCGCCAUCCACGACAUCUCGUGGUCUGACCACGCACCUGUCUCCAUUUCGCUGGCGGAGGGGAUGACCCCUAGUCCUGCUUACAUCUGGAGAGCAAACGCAGGGGUAUUCCAAACUCAGGCCCAGGUGAACGCUAUCACCAAGCAACUGAAAGAAUUCUUUGAGGUGAAUGAGGGGUCAGUAUCUGACCCGUCAGUCUUGUGGUGCGCCCACAAGGCCUUCAUCAGAGGGAUUCUCCUCCAAAUUAGCGCUAGACUAAAACGCCAGAGAAAUCUGAAGAUAGACCUUCUUUUGAAGGAAAUCAGAUCUUUGGAGGUGCAAAAUAGGGCCUCGCCAACUCUAGCCCUGUCAAACAAACUGGUCGGCCUUAGGUGCGACCUUCGGCGAUCACUCCUAGAAUCUCAUAACAAAUUUGUUAACUCCCUGAAACUUACGUGCUACUCCUCUGGGAAUAAGGCUGGCAAAUUUCUGGCACGUCGCCUGAAGGACCAGAGAACUCGUACGAAAAUUCCUUACAUCCACAGCCCACUUAACAAUAGCAAACUGUAUGACCCGAGAGAUAUUGCCAACUCUUUCGCAGACUACUACUCCGCCCUGUAUAACAUUAAAGAGGAUAGCUCCACCCCACAACCCUCAGAUCAAGACAUACAGAACUUUCUAGCUGACAUAUCCCUCCCCGCCCUGUCACCUACACAACUCAAUGCACUUAAUGCUCCCAUCACAUCUGCAGAGAUCCAGAAAAUCAUAUCCAAGAUGCCCCUAGGUAAAUCCCCUGGCCCUGAUGGCCUAUCUAAUGACUACUAUAGAACGUUUGGUGAGAUCCUGGCACCCUCACUGUGUUCAGUUUUUUCACAAGCCAUGGUUUCUGCUAGUCUCCCUCCUGAGAUGCUUUCCGCUUAUAUUGUCACAAUCCCCAAACCUGAUGACGAGGAACGAGGUAACAUGCAAGGCCCAAAACUAACCAGCAGGUCCUACGGGGGUAAUGCUACAUACACACUCUUCUUCAGUGAGAACAAAGAGGGACGCCCAGCCUUGAGCCUUUUUGCUAGUCAGUGUGUGGAUUCUGAAGAUUCUAUAAAGAAUGAGUUCUCAAACCGGAGAGAGCACUCACCUUCUCUACCCUACAUUUCUGUGGAACUUGAAGAACAAAUCAAGCCACCAUUCAAACUAAAAGAUGUCAUUUGUGAGACAACCAAAGAAUGUUGUAGAAGUUGUCCAAGAAAUUUGGGCAGGUCUUGUUUUGAACUAUUCCCAGUACUAACAUGGCUUCCUCGCUACAAAGUUAGAGAAUAUCUGCUGGGAGACCUUAUGUCUGGAAUCAUAGUUGGCAUUGUGACUAUUCCUCAGGCAAUAGCUUAUUCACUCUUAGCAAGCCAGGAUCCUAUCUAUGGCCUUUACACCAACUUCUUCUGCUGCAUAAUCUACUUCUUCAUGGCAUCCUCUCGCCAUAACUGUGUUGGAACAUUUGGGGUGCUGUGUCUUAUGGUAGGAGAGUCUGUGAACAAGCAUUUGAAAGCUGCAGGUUUCACAGAAGAAGAUACCAGAUUUAACUUAACAAUGACUGAUGGAACUGUAUGUGGAAGAGGCUGCUAUGCCAUUAUGGUGGCCACAUCUUUAACCUUUAUGGCUGGAAUUUACCAGAUCCUUAUGGGACUAUUCCGCUUGGGAUUUAUAUCUAUGUACUUAUCCGAGCCCUUGCUAAGUGGCUUUGUCACUGGAUCGUCACUUACUAUAAUAACAUCCCAAAUGAAGUAUCUUCUAGGUUUGAAGAUUCCUCGUCGUGAUGGUGUUGGAUCUUUGAUACUCACCUGGAUUGACAUAUUUAAGGACUUGCAGCAUACUAAUAUAUGCGAUUUACUGACCAGCAUUGUAGCGAUUGCUGUCUUGGUGCCAGUGAAAAGUAUUAAUGAUUUGUACAAGACUAAGAUGAAAGUCCCAAUUCCAAUAGAAUUAUUUGUUAUCGUUGUGGCUACAUUGGUUUCCUAUUACUUUAAUUUCAAUGACAAAUAUGCGUCAUCAAUCUGUGGCAUGAUUCCUACUGGAUUUAAACCACCAAGAGCACCAGAGUGGAGUCUGAUUCCACGUAUUGCAAUAGAUGCAAUACCAAUUGCAAUCAUAGGAUUUGCCAUGACUGUUUCCCUUGCUGAAAUAUUUGCCAAAAAACAUGGGUACACAGUCAGCACCAAUCAGGAAAUGAUAGCUAUUGGCAUGUGUAAUCUGAUUCCAUCUUUCUUCUAUUGUUUUGCAAGUUGUGCUGCUCUUGCCAAAACCAUGCUUAAGGAAUCCACAGGUGCCAAUACACAGCUAAAUGGAAUUGUUUCCUCCAUAGUGUUGUUACUAGUAUUGCUUGCUAUUGCCCCCCUUUUUUAUGCUCUACAAACCUGCAUUUUAGGUGUUAUUACAAUAGUUAGCCUUAAAGGCGCUGUUAUGAAAUUUCAAGAUACACCCCAGAUGUGGCGGGUUAACAGGAUAGACACAUUGGUCUGGUGGGUCAGUAUGCUGGCUUCUGCAGUAAUUUCAACAGAGAUUGGUUUGCUGGUGGGUGUUUGUUUCUCGAUGCUCUGUGUGAUAUUCCGUACCCAAAGGCCGAGGGCCACACUUCUAGGUCAUGUCAGUGGCACAGAGAUUUAUGAAGAUCAAUUCAAAUAUAAAGAGCUUGACAAUGUACCUAAUAUAAAAAUUUAUAAAUUUGAUAGCUGUCUGUACUAUGCAAACAAGGAUUAUUUCAAAUCAGCCCUAUUUAACAAAACUGGAGUUAACCCAUCAUUUGUGUUGGCAUUACAAAGAAAAGCCAAAAAAGAGGUUUCACAAGCAGAAAGCAAGUUUAAGUUUUUCUCAAAGCUAAAUGCAAUAAAAACACUUUGUAAUCCCCAGAGGUCUCAUGAUACUGCCACUCCAACAAUCACUAUGCACUCGCUAAUAAUUGAUUGUGGUGCCAUGCAGUUUAUAGAUUCAGUGGGUUUCAGUGUUCUGAAAGAGGUUUACAAUGAUUAUGAAGAGAUCGGCGUGUGGGUAUUUCUUGCCAACUGUAAUCCAUCAGUACGCUAUUUAAUCCAUAAUGGAAACUUUUUUGGUAGCUGCAAAAGCAAUGAUGGUUUGCAUGUAUUCUAUAGUGUGCAUGAUGCCGUCACAUUUGCUGAAAGAAAGUUUAGAAGAAAGAUGAAGUUAAGUCAUGAAAAAAGUGCAUCUUCCCUCCCAGUCUCAGAAUCAGAUGAUGUAAUGCAAUAACAACUUUGUUAAUAAAGUUGCUUUCCUGAGCCUCCCUAUUGGUGCUUGAAAGGUAUUGUAAACAAUCUCAUUGUAAAACAACCCAUUCAAUUUAAAAUAGAAAUGAAA